GUUGUGAGAAUGAAAAGUGUCCUAUUCAAUGCCCCAUACUCGAGUGCAAAAGAAUGUGUCAAAGUGAUGAUCACUUUCAUGAAUACUCGGAGAAUCAAGUUAUAAACCAUUUUUGCGGGAAAGAACAUCAAUGUCGUGAAAUUUGUGAAGGAUCCGGAAUAUGCAAAAUUUUGUCAGAGCCUCAAAAACGAGAAGAGAUAUGCCAAGGGAACCUAGAUAAACCAGCGACUUCAGCUAAGUAUAUUCAAUUGGGUGAAAGAUUAAUGUGUUGUAAAAAGAUUCCUCCAAAUAAGUUUAGACAUGAAGGGGCACAUACUCAUUCCCAAGAUAACAAUGUUGUUCAUUUCUGUGAUGCCAAGUGUCAGUUUUGCGAAUAUUAUGUAGGCUCCUAUUCACCCACAUAUGGAGUAUUCAACUUAUAA